AUGGAGGAAUUGGCUACGCUAUCGCCGAGUAAGCCGCUUACGUCUUCAAUUCUCGACCUCAUUACAGUCACGCUCGAUUUCCACGUCAUGCUCUUGGAUUCCUUGGAUUUGAAGCUGGAUACUAACGCGCUUAUUGUCAUGCUUUCUUCUGUCACUUCACUCUCCAGGGAGUUUCAGCGCCGCGGAGCGAACGUGUUCGCCACGUCACGCCGAGUGGACACGAUGAAGGGGCUCAAGGAGAAAGGGGUGCACACGCUGCCGCUCGACGUCACAUCUGAGCCGUCCAUCCAGGCGGCAGUGAAGGAGGUGGCACGAACAGCAGGGCGGGUGGACGUGCUGGUAAACAACGCCGGGUGUGGGCUGCCGGGGCCGUUAGCAGAAUUACCUGUGGGCGGAUCAAAGAGGUGCUAUGCGGUACCCAUGGGUGAGGUGUAUGACACGAACCUGUUUGGAGCAUUGGCGUUGUCCCAGGCAGUCUUUCCUUACAUGCACAAGCAGAAGAGCGGCCGAAUCAUCAACGUUUCCAGUGUUGCUGGUUACACUUACAGGCCCUUUGUGGGGACGUAUGGCAGCAGCAAGGCGGCGUUUAACGCGGUUACCAACUGCAUGCGCGUGGAAAUGAAACCGCUGGGGAUCCGCGUUGUGCUUGUAACACCCGGUUACAUCCGCACCAACAUUUUCAGCAAGAAUGUCUCUCACAUUCCCGUCCUCCCGCCAUCAAGCCCGUUUAAGCCCAUGGAGAUUAAUGUCCGCGAAUCGUAUGCCAAGCGGGCCGAGAACCAAUCAUUUCCACCCGCAUCUGAGCUGGCAAAGCGCAUCGCUGAUGCAGCACUCAGCCCAAACCCUCCUAUCAGGAUUUUGUUCGGAACGAGCGCGCUUCCUGCCGUGGUUGCGGGGGCCAUGCCUUUAUGGCUUCAAGAUUUUGUGUAUUCACGGCUGUUUGGCAGUGGGAAAAAUCUGUAG